AGUUAGAUUCAAAAAUCACAAACUCUUGACAAAAACCGGUGAAAUACCCGGCUUAAAACCCCUCCCUCUUGAACAGACUCUUGCAAAAAUCACAAACAAACGCGGCCUGUUUUCCUCUUUGUUCGUUCUCAGUUCCUACGCCCUCACUGUCCGACCGUCAAAACUCACUGCUUUAUCAGCCCCUCAUCGACAUCAGCAGGUAGAAAGAAGAAGAUAUGGAUGAAGACAUUGACCACUAUGUCAUUCUCGGAUUGCCAUCCGGCGAAGAAGGAUUCAAGCUUUCAGAGAAAGAGAUAACCAAAGCAUACCGGUUAAAGGCUUUGGAAUUGCAUCCAGACAAAAGACCCGAUGACCCGAACGCCCCCGCCAAUUUUCAAAAGCUGCAAACAUCUUAUCAGGUUCUGAAAGAUGAAAAAGCCAGAAAACUUUUUCACGAUCUUCUUCGUGUAAAACAGCAAAAACUUCAACGCCAAUCGCAACAAGACUCCAAACGGAGGCGAAUGAUGUCUGAUCUUGAAGAAAGAGAACGGUCGGCUUUUGCAGCGCAUGAUGCCUCUGCAAAAGCUACAAGUGAAGAGGAGAGUAUUGCUAGGAAACUUAAAGAAGAAAUUAGUAGAAUUCGUGCGAUGCAUGCUAAUAAUAAAUCUACUCCCACCGUGACCGCGACUAUGAAAAAACAAACUGGAGUUGGAGAAACAAGUAAUACGGGUCCGACUGCAGCAGAGAAGGAGAAAAUGCUGAAGGUUUCGUGGGAAAAAGGUGGUUUGGAUUAUAGUGCACAAAGAUUACGGGAAUUAUUUGAGACAUUUGGUGAGGUCAAAGAUGUGGUUAUCAGGAGUCAAAAGAAAAAAGGAUCAGCCCUUGUAGUCAUGGCUACCAAAGAAGCGGCUAUGGCUGCGACUGGAACUAUGUGUGGGGAUAUUUCGAAUCCUCUGCUCGUUGUACCCCUUCAACCAGCAGUAGCUACUUCUUUCCCAAUGGCUCGUGAGCCUGUUGUUCCACAACGAAAUGAAGAGCUUGUUGGUGCUGGAUAUCAGGCGUUUGAAGAUUCGGUCUUACAAAAACUUCAAAAGGCCGCAGAGAGACAAAAACAGGGCAACAAGCCUUAAAUUUUAAAAUUGCCGUUGCUGAUGACUUCAGUUGCGUGUGUAGAGGGGGGAUGAAAUGUGGAAGAACUUGCAACCUUUCCCUUUGUUUAGGUUCACGAGUCUUUUACCAUUUCUUUUGCUACCAGCCGAGAAAUUUACCAGAUAAGAAUGCAACACCACCAUUUUAGAGACCAUUUCUUGUAACUAAUAUAUUGUUAUGUACAAUGAUUACAUUAACCUUGACUUAAUUAGUUGUUGAGCAAAAGUUCCCUUCAAAAUGGUGACAGACAUUGGAAAUUGAACCAUGAAGAGAACAAACUGGGCAUGAAUUAUUUAGUUAGUGUGGUCAUAUUUUUCAAA